AUGGAAUCGAAAGACGGAUCUAAAACGCCCUCGAAAAUCGGCAAAGAGAACAUCGAAACAUGGACCUCGCAGCAAAUCGAGUAUCUUCAUCGGAGAAGGGCAACGUUCAAAGGAGCCAUAACGAAGAAUUCAAAGAAGGCUAAGGAUAUUAUUAGCAAGAAAGGUAGCAGAACGGUACUAUUAACCAUAAAGGAAAGAGUUUUUCAAGCAUUACAAGAUGCCUUGCAAAGGGAUGAUGUGACUAAGCGAGCAGAAUCAGAAGAAUGGUUAGACAAUUAGCUGAGCGAAGAAGAGGACAUCGCCGACUCUGUUAGGGAGUAUUUAGAAAGCCGUGUAGAUAAACUGCCAUUAGUAAUAGGAGAGUUUUCCGAUGCAGUUAGCGAACUUGACGACAUGGAAAGUCGGAAUCGUCUGAUGAUUCGCUAGUUGUCUUCACAGCACAGAAGUUCGUCGAAUUAUUGUCGAAAUCUGCACAGUCCAAAAGGAAUAAAUCAGCUCCUAAAUUCAGCAAUAAAGAUUAUGACUCGGUAGAGAAAGGAAGUGAAGAAGACGAAUUAGACAAAGACAAACUCAACUCGAAAGACUUUGACAGAUUGUUCAAAGGAAUCAAGAAACCCGCUUUAACCGUCUUCAGUGGAGAUAAAGACUUUUAUCACGAUUGGAGAGCGCAAUUUGAAAUAUUCGCGAAUCGGAUGAAAGUGCCAGCUAAAACCAAGAUGAUGAUGUUGAAAAAUUCUCUAUCUGGCGAACCAUCACGAGUUGUUGAGCGGUUAGGAUACACAUCUAGACAAUAUCAAACUGCCUUGGAGAAACUUGAGUAGAAGUACGUAG